AUGUCUCACCAGUUCAAUCAAGUUGAAGCCGUUGCAGAGUCCGGUGACAUCGUUGACCCCCGUUGGGAGGAGUUCCGCCUGGAGAGGAAAAUAUACCAGGAGGACUUGAGCGACCUGCGGACUGACAAUGAGGCCCUGAAACUGAAGAACAUGGGUCUUGAAUUAGUGAAAGACCAGACGACCCAGCAUUUGAACGGCGCCAUACAAACUGGAUUCGUCCUACACUGCCAGCUGUCAGAGAACCGACUCAAGUUGGCCUCUUGUCAGAAAGAACUCCUCCACCAGAACUUCUGCAUUUCGGUGCUUACAUUGACGAGUGUCUUUCUGUAUCUUUCCCGAAAGGAGGCUAUGAAUCUCAUCACUGAUUUGAACCACGAAAUCGGCGACUUGCGCAGUCAAAUCUCCCAGUAUGAACAAGUCUUGGGAACGGGUGAACGUCCUACUUCUCAUAAUCAGUUGGAUUCCACCUAA